GGAGCUGGAGGUGGCCAAGGGCAAAAUGAGUGGGCUACUGGGCGCCAGGACCUGCUCAAGCCCAGGAGAGGCCUCCGACCUUAAGUUCCCACUGGGCGCCAAGCUCAGGGAACCUCUCACCCAGGCGCGGUUCCAGCAGCUCUUCGGGGGCGCGGAGCAGGCGCAGGAUCUACUCGCCGAGUCCCGCUGGUCCGGGCUGUGCCGACUGUGGAGGCGGCGGGCCUGCGCCUGUUCCGGGCCGGGGGCGUGGCGCCUGCUGCUGGCGCGGCUGCCCCCGCUGCGCUGGCUGCCUCAGUACCGCUGGAGGGCCUGGCUGCUCGGGGAUGCGGUGGCUGGAGUGACCGUGGGCAUCGUGCACGUGCCCCAGGGCAUGGCUUUUGCCCUCUUGACCUCCGUGCCCCCUGUGUUUGGCCUCUACACGUCUUUCUUUCCCAUCCUCAUCUACACCUUGUUGGGUACUGGAAGACACCUGUCCACAGGAACGUUCGCCGUGCUCAGCCUCAUGACCGGCUCCGCCGUGGAGCGGCUAGUGCCCGAGCCGCUCGGGGGGAACCUGAGCGCAAUCGAGAAGGAGCAGUUGGACGCUCAGCGGGUUGGGGCAGCUGCGGCCUUGGCCUUUGGGAGCGGGGCGUUGAUGCUGGGGAUGUUCGCGCUGCAGCUCGGCGUCCUGUCCACCUUCCUGUCCGAGCCCGUGGUUAAAGCGCUGACCAGCGGGGCCGCGCUGCAUGUGCUUGUGUCCCAACUGCCGAGCCUUUUGGGGUUGCGCCUCCCGCGCCAGAUCGGCUGCUUCGCUCUCUUCAAGACGCUGGCCGCUGUGCUGACCGCACUGCCCCAGAGCAGUCCGGCCGAACUGACCAUCUCCGCACUCAGCCUGGCGCUGCUCGUGCCGGUCAAGGAACUGAACGUGAGAUUCCGAGACAGGCUCCCCACCCCGAUCCCAGGGGAGAUCGUCAUGGUGCUCCUGGCCUCUGUGCUCUGCUUCACCUCUUCCCUGGACACGAGAUACAACGUCCAGAUAGUGGGGCUGCUGCCUGGAGGAUUUCCCGAGCCGCUCCUCCCCAACCUGGCUGAGCUGCCUAGGAUUCUGGGUGACUCACUGCCCAUCGCGCUGGUUGCUUUUGCGGUGUCCGCCUCCCUGGCCUCCAUCUAUGCAGACAAGUAUAGCUACGCGAUUGACUCCAACCAGGAACUCUUGGCUCAUGGUGCCUCCAACCUCAUCUCCUCGCUGUUCUCUUGCUUUCCCAACUCGGCCACAUUGGCCACCACCAGCCUACUAGUGGAUGCUGGUGGAAACACCCAGCUGGCAGGCCUCUUCUCCUGCAUGGUUGUCCUGUCAGUGCUGCUGUGGCUGGGACCCUUCUUCUACUACCUGCCUAAGGUAAGGAGCAGAGGCAGUGUGUGGGGGGACCUGGGCGGGUGGCUAUAUCCCAGAGUAUUGGGGUGGUUAGUUCCUUUCCUCUGCUCCAAGGCUGUCCUGGCCUGCAUCAACAUCUCCAGCAUGCGCCAGAUGUUCUUCCAGAUGCAGGAACUUCCACAACUAUGGCGCAUCAGCCGCAUGGACUUUGUGGUGCAAGGUCUGGGGUCAGUAUGUUUGGUGUGUAUCCAUCGUUGGGUCAGUCCUAUCCCUCCCUUCUGUCUUUCUUCCUGCCUUCUCUUGAGCCAUCCCUCCCCAUCACUUGCCCUGGCAGCCACUGCCCCUGGACCCUUUUCCUUAGCAGCGAUGGCCUGGCAUUUCCCUUCCAUCUCUGUCCUGCAGGCCGUGUGGAUGGUCACAUGGGUGUCUGUGGUGACCCUGAGCGUGGACCUGGGCCUGGCCGUAGGUGUGGUCUUCUCCAUGAUGACUGUGGUCUGCCGUACCCAGAGGGUGCAGUGUGUGGCACUUGGACUAGCUGAGGGGACGGAGCUCUACAGGCCACUCCAAGAGAGCCACAAGCUCCUCCAGGUCCCAGGGCUCUGCAUCCUGAGCUACCCAACACCUCUCUACUUUGGAACCCGUGGGCAGUUUCGCCAUAACUUAGAGUGGCACCUGGGGCUUGGCAGAGGCAAGGAGACUCCAAAGGUAGAUGGCCCACCUGAUGCCGUUGCUGAGCCUGUCAGAGUGGUGGUCCUAGACUGCAGUGGUGUCGCCUUCGCAGAUGCUGCUGGGGCCAGAGAAGUGGUACAGCUGGCCAGCAGAUGCCAAGAUGCUGGGAUCCACCUUCUCCUGGCUCAGUGUAAUGCCUCAGUGCUCAGGACACUGACCCAGGCAGGACUCCUGGACAGAGUGACCCCAGAGCAGCUGUUUGUGAGUGUCCAGGAUGCAGCUGCUCAUGCCCUGGAGAGACUGGAGCUCACUGGUCCGAAGACUUGCACAGUCUGGGUCUGACCGGGUCACGUGGAGUAUGGAAGGCCCAGCAAUGUGUGUGUGAGGGCCGUGGCCCUCGAGCCCCCUGACUUGAUGUAACUAAUAAAAUAAAGCCGAG